GGCAUUUGAAGAGUGGAUAACACUUUCUCAGUCUUCUUCUUCUUCUUCGUUGUGAUAGGUCAGGUCAGGGAACAACAAUGGCUUCCUCUGCAGCAGCUCCAAAUUCGCUAUCUUUCUUCUCAUCUUCUCUCUUUUUGUCUUCCUCUCACCAAAUCCCUAAAACCUACAUUUCCGUCGCGAAAUUCGGCUCCGGCAGAGUCUCGAAACCACUCUCUGUCGCUUCCCAGCUAGCGACUCUACCGAUUCUCUCAUUCGAAGGAGAGAAGGUCGGGGAAACGUAUCUAGACCUCAAAGCGGCGCCGGAGGAUACCGCACGUGCCGUUGUGCACCGAGCCAUCGUGACGGACUUGCAGAACAAGCGGCGAGGUACUGCUUCGACGCUGACUCGCGGUGAAGUUCGUGGUGGUGGAAUUAAACCUUACGCGCAGAAGAAAACUGGUCACGCGAGGCGUGGAUCUCAGAGAACACCGUUACGUCCCGGUGGAGGUGUGGUGUUCGGGCCUAGACCUAAGGAUUGGUCAAUUAAAAUCAAUAGGAAGGAGAAGAAGCUGGCCAUAUCGACGGCGCUUUCGAGUGCGGCUUCGGCGGAAGGUGGUGCGAUAGUGGUGGAGGAGUUUGGGGACAAGUUUGAGAAGCCCAAGACUAAAGAUUUCUUAGCUGCUAUGCAAAGGUGGGGGUUGGACCCAAAGGAGAAAGCUAUGUUUUUGAUGAUUGAUGUGGAUGAGAAUGUGGCGAAAUCGAGCAGGAACAUUGGAACGUUGAGGAUGUUGACGCCGAGGACGCUGAAUCUGUUUGACAUUUUGAACUCUGAUAAGCUUGUUCUGACUCCUGCGGCUGUGGAGUUCUUGAAUGAAAGGUACGGUGUUGAUGCGGUGGAGGAAGAAGAUAACGAUGAAGAUGACACGGAAGGGUCAGAGGAAGCUUAAGAAAGAGUAGCACCCGUAGUUCCCAUUGCUCCAAGUGUGGCUUAUGAGUUUAAUCUUGAGUACAUCUUCUUACUCUCCUUGAUGAGGUCUUCUCUUUCCUUUUUGUGUCACACAACAAGAGAAAUGUGUAUUUAAUUUUAGAGUUUUUUAAGAGAUCAUCCUCAGUUUCUUUGUCAUACUGAUUUGUGUUCAACUCAAUAUCAUGAGAAACGUUGAUUGUUUGUGCAUCAGUUAAAGAUUGAGAAACAAAGACUGACUUUAGAGUUAAGAAAGAAUGGCUAUUAAA